AUGCACGGCAAGGAUGAGUACCGGCUCUCAUAUGUCCCGCUGGAGGACGAGCGUGGAGACACGGGCAUUAACACUCAGCAACAGUCGCGACAGCGACCGCUGUCUUCGGCGGAGCAGGCCCUUCUUCAAUCACAGAUACGCGGCUUCUGGGGUUCCAGCUGGGCCUUUGAAAUUCUGGGGUGUCUCACUUCCAUUGCCUUCCUCAUCGCUAUCAUCGUGGUACUGUUCAAGUAUGAUGGACGGCCAAUGCCCGACUGGCCCUAUGGUAUUACGCUCAACGCGUUGGUCUCGGUGCUCAGUACGGUCAUGAAGGCAACCAUGGCAUUCGUGCUCACCGAAUGUCUGGCGCAAUUGAAAUGGUCCUGGUUCCACAGCGGCAAUAAGCUGAGCGAUCUUGCGAUUUUGGACGCAGCCAGUCCCGAGGUGUUGCUGGCGCCGCAGUUGUUCUAUUUCACUUUAUGCCUCGCUUGCGAUAGUCACCUCGUCACUUUUGGGUGUCUCGUGCUUGUCAUUGCAGCAGCUACAGACCCAUUCGUCCAGCAAGUGAUGGCCGUCAAAGAACGUUCCAUUCGCGCCCCGGGCCAAGCAUCCAUCCAAGUAUGCAAUUCGAGCCUCUACACCGACUAUGGCGAGGGUGCCGGCCCGGGAAUGAACAAGGUGCCGCUGGGAACAUCCGGCGCCAUCUACUCGGGCAUCUUCCAGACACAAAGCGAAAACAGCAAAUCUGUCAUGAUGAACUGCCCGACGGGCAACUGCACAUACCCUCCCUACCAGUCCCUCGGAUUCUGCAGCAAAUGCGCCAACAUCACCGACUUGCUCACAGAAUCCUCCCCAUCGCCUGCGACUGAAUGCGCCCUCUACUUCUGCAUCGACACCUACCAGGCAUCUGUCCGCGAAGGUCACUUCACCGAGACCCGGACAGCAGUCUCCACCGCAUCCAAUUCAUCGAAUUCAUGGAAGGCAGCCGGAAAAAACAUCGCUCUCACGCCAGAUUUCUGUUAUUCCAAUGGCACCCGGCACACGAAGCCUUACAAUGAGAAUCAAAACUGCAUAUACGACGUCAACUGGCUCAGUCGUAUCUCCAUGGCCAAUUCACUCCAACCACUACUCAAGGGCUCUGCCUCCCGUUUCGUGAGUAACAGACCCGACUUCUCGUCCGAUACAAUCGAAGUCCUCUACGGCACAUACGGCAACUUCAACGAUAUCAACUCCGUCUUCCAAUAG